AUGAGAGCCAAUAAGGGCAUCAAUAGCCGGUCGGACCCGAGUCUUAAGGUUACCGCCGAUGGUAUGGACGUGUCGAUAGUGGGAACGCCUGACGAGAAAGAGUUGCUCAAAAAGAUUAAUCCCAAACGCGGCCGCAAAUUAUCGCAAGUCAGUGAUAGUGGCAGUAGUAGUAGCGAUGGCAGCGGUAGUAGUAGUAGUAGUAGUGACGGAUCAGCGGCUAAGCAAAAGAAGUCUAAGAGAUCGGUGGCCGCCGUCGCCGCCAAGUCCUCGAAGAGUACGCGUCGUAACAGUAAUAGCGGUGUCGAUAAUAAACAAUCGCCGGCCAAACAGUCGCCGGUUAAACAGCCGCCAGCGGCCAAACAAUCGCCCAUAAAUAAAACGGCCAGAAAGUCGACGCAAAACACGGUCGCAGCGGUGGUGAACAAGAAGUCGACCGCAACUAAUAGCACCGCCGCCGCAACGGCUGCGCCCACUCGUCGAUUGACCAGACAUUCGGCCAAUAAUAGUGGCGCUGUGGCCGUGACGUCGCCACCGGCCAAGUCGUCAGCAGCGGUGUCGCCAAAGAAGCCCACAAAGAAGUCGCCAAAGACUAAGGCCAAUGGGCGCUCGGCAGCGGCCUUGAAUGCGGCCAUAACGGCGACCAACGCGGCCGUCGCCCCACCAGCUCUGUUAACACAGUCGGCCGCCGGUAAGAGUAAGGCUCAACAGCCGGCGCCGCAGCCGGUGGUGGCCCACAAGCGGUCGCCAUCUUCGCCGGUUCCGCCGUCGAUGUUCACCGCCUCCGCCACUACUGGCGGUCCCAGCGGUAGUGCCGUAGCGAACGCCAGCCUCGUUCGGGCCACGAAGAGUCAGCCAAAGCCGCCUGCGGUUAAGGCCGACGCUGUGACCGCCGCCGCGGCUGCCGUCGCCCCUCAGAAGACAAGCGCAAAAGCGAUUAGUAAUUCUGCGGUCAAACCGGCGGCCAAAGCACCGCAACCGCAAAGAGGGGCCAAACGUAAACUGCCGGCCACUGGCGCUGAGCUCAAAGCCGAUCGGCCGCCUGCAGAGCGGCCACAAACCAAACGCCAGCGGAACAGCUCGGCCUCCAGUUCCCCACCGGCGGCGACGGCGGCCACAGCUAUAGAGAAUGGCCAACAGAGGGCCAGCAAACGGGUGCGGCUACAGUACCAGCCGUUUCAGUCGCCGGAACCGUUGCCGGCGAUGCCGCAGCUGUUGAGGGCGUCGGUGUCCACAGCGGCGGCCAAACCGCCCAAACAGGAGGAAGAGGACAAAGUGGUUAUCUAUCAUAAGAACGAAUUCCUGGCCGUUAGGAACGACUCCAACGGUUACUAUAUAUGUCGGACCAAACAGAAUGUGUUUAAGCAGAGCCGCAAGUUUACCAUCUUGUGGUUCAACAACGAUAAACAGAGGCCACAGGUCUAUACGGCAGACUUCUUUGAUGGGAUCAACAGCUGGUCCGACCCGAAUCUCAAAGUGAUCGACGAUGUUAUGGACGUAUCGACAAUGGGAUCCGCUGCUGACGAGAAGAAGUUGCUCAACAAGAUUAGUCCCAAACGUGGCGGCACAGCCUCCGCAGCCGCUGGUAAACCAUUGCAAGUCAUUGAUAGUAGUAGUGAUGGCGGAUCGGACGCCGGCGAGCAGUCGAAGACAUUGUCUACGGUGACCACCGCUGCGGCCGCCAAACCAUCGCAAGUCAUUGAUAGUAGUAUUACUAGUAGUGGCGAUGGAUCGGCUACUGGUGAGCAGUCUAAGACAUUGUCUACUCCCACCACCACUACCACCAUCACCACCGCCGCAGACGACAAGCCAUCGAAAGUCGUUGAUAAUAGUAGUAAUGGUAGCGGAUUGUCACCUGGAGAACAGUCUAAGACAUUGUCUAUCGACGCCAUUACAGACGCCGUCAAUCCAUCGCAAGUCAUUGAUAGUAGUAGUAGUAGUGGCGGCGGAUCGGCAACUGGAGAGCAGCCUAAGACAUCGUCUACCACUACCAUCACCACCGCUGCGGCCGCAGUCAAGUCCUCUAAGAGUACUUGCAGUGACAGCAAUAGCGGUGCGGCCGUCGAUGUCAUACCGCCGGUGAAUGUCGAUGAGUGUCGAUGA